AUGCAGACAAAAGACAAACCUAUUUCGAAUACUCAACGAAACAAAAAAGCAACAAAAAGAAUUAUUGUAGAAGUGGUAAUUGCUUUUAUUAUUCUCAUACCGGCAAUAGUAUUAUGUAUCUAUUGGAAACGAUUAAUUAUUAAUCGUAUUUUUAAAACAAUCUUACUUAAACCGAAUACAGAAGGUUAUGAUGCAUGGUUACAUCCACCAACAACUAUAACACGAGGUUAUCAUCUUUUUAAUAUAACAAAUCCUAUUGAAAUAGUUACUAAUCCUACUUCGACUACAGUACAUGUUAAAGAAACUCCAUCUUAUUCAUAUUCAUUAUCAUCGACUAAACAAGAUGUUCAAUGGUCAACAGAUAAUAAAUCAAUUAGUUAUUCAAUUCAUCGAUUAUUUACUCGUCAUCCAACACAAUUUAAUCCAUCAUUUGUUAAUGAUACAGGUGUAUUUCUUGAUUUAGUUCGAGCUAUUUUUCGAACACAAUUUCAAGCUAAAGCAUCACAAGCAUUUUAUGCUCUUGCUGGCAUGGAAACAUUUCCUCAUAGAAAUGCUGUUGAACAAUUAGAAGGAUUUACUUCAGAUUUAUUUAAAUCAAUUCAAGAUAAAAUGACUGGACCAAAUACAGCUAAAUCAGGUUUUAUUUAUCGAUAUAAUGGUAGCCGAUCAUAUAAUUAUACAAUCAAAUCAGGUUUGAUGGAAAAAGGUCAAGUACUUGCUUUUGCUAGUGAACAUAUUCCAUUUUCAUUUUCUUCACCAGAUUAUUAUGGUUUUCCAAUCUAUGAUGGUCUUACAUUUGUACCAAUGCUUUUUGAUAAACCAUCACUUAAUAUAUUUCAACCUGAUUUUUGUCGUCCACUUAAUGUUAAAUUUAAUAAAGUUCUAUCUAUGUUUGGAGGUAUUGAAGUACAUGAAUAUGUUAUAAAAUUAGUUGAUUUAAAUCAAUGUAACGAUGUAAAUGAUAUAAAUACAUGUCCAGAACUUGAUAAACUUGAUAUAUCACAAUGUAUAUCUGCUUCACUUCCAGAUAAUACAAUCUUUUUAUCAAAAGCACAUUUUUAUGGAAGUAGUAAUGAAACAAUCGAACAAAUGAAUAUUCAAGGUUUUACACCAACACGUGAUAAACAUGAAGCAUUGAUUUAUUUUGAACCAUAUUCUGGUACACCACUUCGUGCUCAUCAUCGUGUUCAACUUAAUAUUGAUGCUAUUAUUGAUCCAAUGAAAACAUCGAAUUUUGAAUCAGAACAACUUACACCAGCUGGACGUAAAGGUAUCAAACGUAUGAUACCUCUUGUAUGGAUUGACCAAGAAGUUAAUGUCAAUGAUGAAACUAUUCGUAUAUUAAGAAUGGUCCAUUUUGCUCUUCGAUAUGGACAAAUAAUUAUCAUAACAUUAGCUGUUGUCUUAAUCAUCAUUAUUAUUGUUGUUAUGGAAGUUAUUGCUAGACGAAAGGCUAAGAAUCAAAGAAUUGAACGUGGUGGUAAUCCUAAAUCAGACCCAUUCCUUUAA